CUCUCUGGUUCUCAGUGAACGGCGAACUCCUCCGUAGUAGCCCGCAGUGGCGACACGCUAACUCGGCUUUUAUUAUUAUUCUUUUUUUCUUUACUCCCCUCCCCCCUUCCCCCACCACCACCUGGGUCGUAGCCGAUUUGCCCCCACCCCACCCCCCACCCCGGAAAAAAAAAAUACACCAGCGGUCGGAAUUUGAAAUAUGACGCUGAGUAAAAUGGGAGGAAAGUCGUUGCUAGCUUGUUGAAGUUGGAGAAUCUCCUUGUGGAAGAGGAAGAGGCGGCGGCGGUGGACACCACGAGUUCACUCUCGUAAUUUCGAAAGGAGUGAGCUGAGCCUUCCAACAGACUUCCACUGUUUCUUUGGGCUAAAAUGAGUAUUACCAGUGACGAAGUGAACUUCUUGGUCUACAGAUACCUCCAAGAAUCAGGUUUCUCCCACUCAGCAUUCACCUUUGGCAUCGAGAGCCACAUCAGCCAGUCCAACAUCAAUGGAACACUAGUGCCCCCUGCAGCCCUUAUCUCCAUCCUGCAGAAGGGGCUCCAGUAUGUGGAGGCAGAGAUAAGCAUCAAUGAGGACGGAACGGUCUUCGACGGCCGGCCGAUCGAGUCGCUGUCGCUCAUUGACGCCGUGAUGCCCGACGUGGUGCAGACGCGGCAGCAGGCGUUCCGUGACAAGCUGGCCCAGCAGCAGGCUGCCUGCACCAUGGCGGCAUCCACCUCUGGCAACCAGUCCAACGCGCCAAAGAAUGGUGACGCCACUGUCAACGGGGAGGAGAAUGGCACACACAACAUGAAUAACCAUUGCGAGUCGAUGGAGAUGGAUGUCGACGUGGAGAUACCCGCCAGCAAAGCCACAGUCCUGCGAGGUCACGAGUCGGAAGUGUUCAUCUGUGCCUGGAACCCCGUCAGUGAUCUGCUGGCCUCAGGUUCGGGGGACUCCACCGCCAGAAUCUGGAAUCUCAACGAGAACAACAACUCCAACUCCACCCAGCUGGUGCUGCGCCACUGUAUCCGAGAAGGUGGGCAGGACGUCCCCAGCAACAAAGACGUAACCUCACUAGACUGGAAUAGCGACGGAACGCUCCUGGCGACAGGCUCGUAUGACGGCUUCGCCAGGAUAUGGACGAAGGACGGAAAUCUGGCGAGCACCUUGGGACAGCACAAGGGGCCAAUAUUUGCACUCAAGUGGAACAAGAAGGGGAACUCCAUUCUCAGUGCUGGCGUAGAUAAGACGACAAUCAUUUGGGACGCGCACACAGGAGAAGCCAAACAGCAGUUCCCCUUCCACUCAGCUCCGGCUCUGGACGUCGACUGGCAGAACAACACCACCUUUGCCUCGUGCAGCACGGACAUGUGCAUCCACGUGUGUCGCCUCGGCAGCGACAGGCCACUCAAGACCUUCCAGGGUCACACGAACGAAGUUAACGCCAUUAAGUGGGAUCCAUCGGGAAUGCUGCUCGCCUCCUGUUCAGAUGACAUGACCUUAAAGAUCUGGAGUAUGAAACAGGAAUCAUGUGUGCACGACCUCCAAGCUCACAGUAAAGAGAUCUACACUAUCAAGUGGAGUCCGACCGGGCCCGGCACCGGCAACCCCAACUCCAACAUCAUGCUCGCCAGCGCGUCAUUUGACUCGACAGUGCGGCUGUGGGACGUCGAGCGGGGGGUCUGCAUCCACACGCUGACCAAGCACCAAGAGCCCGUCUACAGCGUGGCCUUCAGCCCCGACGGCAAGCACCUCGCCAGCGGCUCCUUUGACAAGUGUGUGCACAUUUGGAACACCACGUCUGGCGCCUUGGUGCACAGCUACAGAGGUACUGGUGGGAUCUUUGAAGUGUGCUGGAAUAGCACUGGCGACAAAGUUGGUGCCAGUGCGUCAGAUGGCUCAGUAUGCGUUCUCGACCUGCGGAAAUAGCGGCGUUGGACGGCGAGUCGUUGGAAUGUGCAGCAGACUGCCUUCUUUAGAUCUCAGCAAAUGCUCUCGUUGCUUCUGGAGGAGGGGCUUGGCGGGUAGACGGAGUUAAAUUGAAAGAACAAAACUCAGAGGAGCAACAACAACAACAAAGAAAGAGACACGGAAGGAGUGAACCACCACCUGCGGGGGAGUCGGCGCACCUUAAAGCUGACAGACUUGGCGCAUGUUGGAGACAAGUCCCGUUUGCGCCCGAGCGGAGGCCAGCGAAGACAACAUUGGAGCUACUCCCGACUCCUUGUGUUUUACGAGGUAUCUCAUGAGGAAGCGCCGCCAUUGCUCCCCACUCCUCCCGCUGUGGUGGGCCGCUGCGGUCCAGCUGCUUGGCAGGAAGGAUGACUUAACUGAGACGCAGGCCAAUAGGCGGCCAUCCACAGAAAGAAGGCUUGUAGAAAUCCUCCCGGCAACUCGGCGGAGACACAAUGAGGGUCACCAACCAUAGCGAAGCCUCGCUUUUAAAGGAGGACGGCUCGUUUGAAGACCCUCCCCAUCCCCCGCGGCCCUUACAACCCUCGCUCCACAGAUGGACUCGUUGCAAGUGCGGAAAGAUGGAGCGUGCUGUUCCUGAAUACCAGUCCACCGAAAAAAGAACCUCCCAAACCGGCCCAAUUCGCUCACCAACUGCAAACGUGGACAAAAAAAAAUGCGUGUAAAAGUGUGGUUUACAAAGAGAAUUUUUGCCCUUUUUUUUUUUGGAUGUACAUGUAAAGAAUGUAAAGAUAUGUAAAUUAGAUUAAUACACAGACUUAUAUACUGUGUAUAUAUGUUUAUAUACAGUACACCUUAUUGACGUCACGUUAGGGGCUCACUUAAUGGCUAGAGCUGUCUUUGCUGAUGGGCCACAACGAGGACGCUUUUUAAUUCAAAACAACUUUUUUCCAGUCAAGGCACAAACGGCGAAAUUUACGGAAUCAUCAUCUUCGGUCACUGUGUUGCGUCUUCGUAUUGUGUGUUGAUUGGGCUAAACAAGCCACACCCACUAAAUCAGAACGCACGGCUAAGGCGGGUUAACAUUACCACAUUUUUCUUUUUUGGACACUUUUUUUUUUUUCUGCGCUCAUUCUACUGAGACAUCCAAAACUGAAUCCAAUCAGCAAUGUUUUUUUUUUUUUUUUUUUUGAGUGGUCUGAGCAGCAAAUGAAACAUUUUCAACUUGUCCCACCCCACCCUUUUGUUCCACUUCUUUUCCCUUUCCGUCAACUUGCGCACAAACAAUGUUAAGCGCAAAUUUUUGUUUUCUCAUGGUAGCUUCGACAAUUUUUAUUUUUAAAAAAAAAUUUUUUUUGCUGGACGUAAAGGGCAGACAUUUCCCCCCCCCCCCCCCCCCCUUUCAUCUCUUUUUGGGUCAGGUAUCACAAUAGGAUUUCAACGGGUGGUCCAUUGUUUUUCUGACUUUUUCAGAGCCAUUAUUGUCUGUGUCAGACUGAGAAAUUGGGCUGUGGGUUUGGUGGCCGAUGUGGAUGAAACGCUGUGACAGCUACUAUUAUUAUUAUGUCUCUGGAGCACCCUGGUCCAGGGUGUGGUCACCUGUUUCAAGACAAAACAUUCAAGUCGUUCAGUGUCUGAAAUAAAUCACUCUAUUUUGA